GCUAUUUACCCUGACAGGAGUGCAGCACAUCAUGAGCUGCGCCGGAAAUUUCGUGCAGUUGCUUUUGAUGCCAUUCGGAAGAUCGCGGAAGAGGGCAAAACAAUCUUGAUGACGGCGUGCCUUGCAGACAAUGCCGCAGAUAUCAGCACUUUUGAAGAGCACAUCUCCAUGGUCCGCAACACAUCUGUGCCUAUUUACUGGAUUAAUCUUAGAUGUGACGGAAGUGUUUUAGAAAAGCGUGUUACAAGUAAGGAACGGCGAGAGGGGAAUAAAAGCAAAUUGACAGAUGCUAGCAUCCUGCGACAGAUGAUAGGGGAACAUGGACUUUUAAGCCCGCGCCAACAUGACAAUACCGUGCGGCUAAUCGCAGAUACGAUAGAUGUAAGCAGGACAUUAGAAGAAUCAGUUCACCAGCUCCUACAUAUACUACAUCGCCAAUAUUAA